ACCGUUGACACUUUCGAGACGGCAACCUGAGGAUCGUCAACAUGCCUUGGGGUACUAUCCAGCUGAACGACGGGACGAGCAUCCCGAGCAUUGCAUACGGAACAUGGAAGUUGGGUAAUGGACAGGCGACAACCGACCAUGUGAACGAUGCCCUUUCCGUUGGGUUCACUCAUAUCGAUACUGCGCAAGUCUACCGGAACGAGUCUGAGGCUGGAGAAGGCUUGCGUGCGAGCGGCGUCUCUCGAGAUAAGGUCUACAUUACGACGAAGUACUCGGGGCGUGCGGACAUCGAGACGUCCAUCAAGAACAGUCUCGAAUAUCUUGGCGUUGACUAUGUCGACCUGUAUCUCAUCCAUGGGCCUGACCUCGCUGUGCCAGACAUUCCGACCCUCUGGAAGAAGAUGGAGAAGAUCCAAGAGGAUGGGCUAGCGAAGAGCAUUGGUGUCAGCAACUUCAACGUUAAGGAACUGCAGACGCUCCUUGCGUCAGCAAAGAUCAAGCCCGUGGCUAACCAGAUCCUCUUUCACCCGUACGUCCUCGCGCGCCAGGCACCUAUUGUCGCAUUCGGCGCGCAGCAUGGAAUAGUAAGCGAGGCAUAUAGCGUCCUCAUACCCAUCACGCGCCACCCCGGCGGUGCAGUCGACGCCCCCCUGCAGACGAUUGCCACGCGACAUGGGGCACAACCUGAGCAGGUUUUACUCGCAUGGGCGAAAGCGAAAGGCGUGGUUGUCGUGACGUCGAGUACGAAGACCGAGCGUAUGCAAGGUUACUUGAGUGCCGGAGAUCUUAAUCUGAGCGACGCUGAGGUCGCCACUAUUGAUGCAGCUGGCCUCGCCGGAUCGCGUCGUUAAUGAAGUAUCGCUGCACUCGCGCAGCGUCGGUAGUUCAUUCAAAAUACGAAUAGCAUCAUAUCAUUCACGUUU